AUGCCAACAACGAACAUUGCUGUGUUACAGCAAAUGCAUUACAACGCAAAUAUUCCAAUCGCUUCACAGAAUGGAACAGGUUUAUUGAACCAAGGUGCUGGUGGUAUAAUUCCACCGAUUUUACUCGAAGAAUCGCGAGUACCACGUUUUUAUAAAGAUGCAAUUGCACGUUGUGGUGCACCGCAUAGCAGUCAGUUGCCGCAUACUGCACUGGUGUACAAUUUAAUGGUUACAUCACGAUUACCUAGACCUGUAUUGGGUAAUAUAUGGUCACUUGUUAAUAGAACUUUACCUGGACAAUUGACAAGACAGGAAUUCUUUUCUUGUCUCGCUCUUAUCGCCCUUGCUCAGGUCAUUUCUCUCUCUUAUCUCUUCAUUUAA